ACUCCUCACCCUCCAUCUUCCUCCACUCCCCUCCAACCCCAGUCAGAGGAGAUGUGGUGGGGGACCCUGGGGUCUGUGCGCCCCUUCCCAAACUUCCGGCCUGAGAGGGACAUCGCUGAGGUGCAGGCAGCGCUGGAAGUGAAAGAUGUGCAGACACUGGUGAGGAUCCUGACCAAUCGGAGCUAUGCUCAGAGACAGAGUCUGGCUGCAGCUUACCAGAAGCUGAUUGAGAAGGAUCUCGUAGCGGGGCUUAAGAGAGUCUUGUCUGGAGACCUGGAGACUUUGAUACUGGGUCUAAUGUUGACCCCGGAGCAGUUUGAGGCCCAGCGCCUGUACCAGGCCAUGAAGGGGCUGGGUACAGAUGAAGACACUGUGCUGGAGAUUUUGUGUGUAAGGACACCGCAGCAACUCUCUGCCAUCACUGCUACUUAUAAUGAAAAGUACAAACGGGACCUGGAGAAAGACCUUGUUAGUGAAACCAGCGGGAAUUUUGCCAAACUAGUCGUUGCCUUAUUAAAGACUUUAUCAGAAGAACUCAACAACAAGAAAGCAGACCCUGCUCCAUGGAUCAGAAUACUCACUUCCAGACAGCCAACGCAUCUCAACAGGGUUCUGAGCAGACUGGAGUGUGAGAGAGGCCAGGCAGUAGAGAAAGCUUUAGAGGGACGCUUUGGAGGAGAUCUGAGACUGGGCCUAACAACUUUAGUGCAUUGCAUAAAGAAUCCUGAUCAGUACCUUGCCCAAAGAAUCAAGACUAUGAAGGCAGCUAUAGUUCAAGGUGUGAUGAUCUCUCAUAGUGAAGAGGACAUGCUGAGAGUGAGAGUGGCCUACCUUAAAGUGACAGGCACUUCACUAUAUACGGCUCUACAGGAGAAAUUUAAAGGAGACUACUUACAAGCUCUUCUGGCUAUAUGUCGGGCCGAGGAUUAG